CGCCGCCGGGAAAGGGAAGGGGCGGGCGGGGCGGCCGGGUGUCAGGUGCGCGGGCGGCGGGGAGAGCGAGGCGAGCGCGCGGCCGGGCUGGGGCGCGGGGCGCCAUGCGGGGGGCCCGGGCCGUCGCCUUCUGGCCGCGGCUGCGACCGAAGCUGCUGCUGCUGCCGCUGCUGCUGCUGCUGUGCGACCGGUGCCCCCCGCAGGGCAGCCCCGGGCCGCUGCAGUGCUACGGAGUCGGGCCCCUGGGCGACUUGAACUGCUCCUGGCAGCCCGUCGGGGACCUGGGAGCGCCCUCCGCGCUGCAGCUCCAGAGCCAGAAGUACCAUUCCAAAAGAAACUGGACUGUGGCCGUGUCAGCAGGGCAGAGCUGGGUGAUCAUUUCGCGGGAAGAGCUCACCAUGUCUGAUGAACUCCUCGUCUGGGGGAUCCAGGCAGGCCAGCCUCUCUGGCCCCCAGUCUUUGUGAACCUGGAAACCCGAAUGAAGCCGGACGCCCCCCGGCUCUUCCCUGACGUGGACUUUUCAGAGGAUGACCCCCUGGAGGCCACUGUCCAGUGGACCCCGCCUGCGUGGCCGCCCCAUAAGGCUCUGGUCUGCCAGUUCCACUACCGAAGGUGCCAGGAGAUGGCCUGGACCCUGCUGGAACCAGAAGUGAGGUCCAUCCCCCUGGCCCCUGUUGAGAUCCAGGACCUGGCGCUGGCCACCGGCUACGAGGUGUCUGGUCGCUGCCGAAUGGAGAGAGAAGAGGAUCUGUGGGGCGAGUGGAGCCCUGUUCUGUCCUUCCAGACCCUGCCCGCUGACGUGUGGAUAUCGGGAAAGCUGUGUGGGCCACGAGGUGGACAAGAACGCCUGCUUCUGUGGAAGGCCCCGGGGCACUGCCCGCCGCGGCAAUACAGGGUCUGCUUCCCGGGCACGUGCCAGGAGCCGGUCGCCUGCUGCAGCCACGACGUCCCCGCCCGGGCAGAGUGGGUCGGGCUGUCUGUCGCCGGCGCCCACGCCACCAGCCGGCCGCCCCUGGCCAAUCUCUCUCUGGCCUGCUUGGGUCCGGGCUCUGCCCCCCACGGCGUGGCGGUCGGCAUCGCUGGGAGCACAGGGCUGCUAGUCACUUGGCAACAGGGCCCCGGGGAGCUGCCGGAGCAUGUGGUGGACUGGGCUCCAGACGGGGCGCCCCUCCAGGACCUCGCCUGGGUCCGGCUUCCCCCUGGGAACCUCAGCACUCUAUUGCCAGGGCGCUUCGAAGCGGGGAUCCCCUACCGCAUCACGGUGACGGCCGUCUCUCCCUGGGGCCUGGCCCCUGCCCCCUCCGUCUGGGUGUUCGGAGAGGAGCUAGCACCCCUGGCGGGACCAGCGCUUUGGCGACUCCAGGAUGCCCCGCCGGGGACCCCCGCUGUGGCGUGGGGAGAGGUCCCCAGGCGCCAGCUUAGGGGCCGUCUUUCCCACUACACCUUGUGUGCACAGAGUGGGACCAGGCCUUCCGUCUGCAUGAAUGUGAGUGGCAGCAUCCAGAACAUCAGCCUGCCCGGCCUUCCCUGGGGUCCCUGUGAGCUGUGGGUGACGGCGUCCACCAUCGCAGGACAGGGCCCGCCGGGUCCCAGCCUGCGGCUCCACCUUCCAGAUAACACCCUGAAGUGGAAAGUCCUGCCAGGUGUCCUGCUCCUGUGGGGCUUGCUCUUGACCGCCUGUGGCGUGAGCCUCGCCAUGUCCGGAAGGUGCCUCCCCCUGCGGCACAAGGUGCUGCCCCGCUGGGUCUGGGAGAAGGUCCCCGAUCCCGCCAACAGCCGCUCCGGCCAGCCCCACCUGGAGGAGGUGCCCCAGGCCCAGCCCCCUGGGGACCUGCCCGUCCUGGAAGUGGAGGAGGUGGAGCCGCUGCCCGUUAGGGAGCCCCCUCGGGCCUCCACCCCGCUGGACUCUGGGUAUGAGAAGCACUUCCUGCCCACACCCGAGGAGCUGGGCCUUCUGGGCCCCCAUCCAGGCCCCAGGCUCUGGCCUGAACCCACCCCAGGCCGUGAGAGGGAUGCUCAUUUGACAGAUGAAGGCACUGAGGCUCAGAGAGGCUGAGUCACUUGCCUGAGGACACCCAGCCAGGAAGAGCCGAGAUAGAAGGACCCCCUAUGGAGAAGGGCCUGGCCCUCCUGGGAAUAUACGGAUGGAUGAGGGAGCCAAGGGAAAUAUGUGAGUCAGACUGGCAGCUGCCUCCCUGCGUCUGUCCUGCUGCUGUGACAGAACUGGAGUGGGCCGCACACUCAGCGUCCCCUGCAGCUCGGGGCAACCGUGGACCGAGUCUCGCCAAUGGACCCGGGGGAGAAGGGGCGUGUGCCAGCCCCGGGGCUCCUCGGUACGCUCCUUCCCUGUCCUGCGACAUGAGCUGGAGCAUUGCAGUGACCAAGAGCCAGCUCCGGCCACACCCUAGGGGAGGGUGGGGGUGACAAGAGGAAGGGAGCCCUGUCACGAGGGACCAUGGAGCCGAGCCACCAGAGCAAUAAAUCUUUCUAUUUUUAUA